AUGACUUCCUGGGCAGAUAUUCAGAAACUUGCAUCAGAUUUGCAGAGAGUUCAACUGUCACAAUCAUCUAAAAAGCUCUCCGAGGUGAAUUGCAUUGAAGUCCUUCAAAAACUUAUCGCUUCUCAUCGAAUUGACGUGGUCUAUACUAGAGAUGGGCAUAGUUAUGUAACUAAAAACCACUUGGAAACUGAGAUAAAAAACGAGUGCAUAGCCGCUGGAGGACGUGCUUCUCUCACUGAUAUCGCAGUUGCUCUUAACAUAGAUUUCGAUCAUAUCGAGAAGACUUCGCGCUUGAUUGUUUCGACUGAUGAUGAAUUUACAAUUUCGAAUGCAGAGAUAUUCGCGACUGAAUACGUACAUCGUCUUCGUAACGAAUUGCGUACACUUCUCGAUGAGCAAGGAAAUCAAACAACUGCAGCACUCUGCAAGCACUGGAAUCUAUCAUCGGAACUUUUGCAAUCCUUGCUAAUCGAAAAAUUGGGAUCUUCUGAUUUUCAAGGAGUGGUUGAUGGGGAUACGAUCUAUACUUCUUCAUUUUUGAAUGCCAGACAAUUGGUUCUACGCGCUAUUCUGAUUGCAUUAACUAAAAUCACUCCUAUUUCAACUAUCCAAAAACGAGUUGGUCUCACACCGAAACGAUUUUGGAUUGCGUUCGAAAAUCUUCAAUCUCUCGGCGAAAUUCCUGGUACUUUAAUCGGUUCUCGUACAUCACCUUCCUGCUCGUAUCGUCCAAUGAUGUACGAUCAUCUUGUGAAGUCGUGCGUUUUGAAUCAAUAUAGACAGAAUGAAUUUUUAGAAAUUUCAACUCUAAAAACUCUAGGAGUAGAUGCAAAACCAGCUCUCGAAGAAGUUCUUGGAUCAUCUGAAUUCAAAAAACUUGUCAGUAUGAGAUCUAUGUUUAUGACAAAAGAACUCAUGGAUCAAUGUAUUAAUGCUGUUCAAGAAGACUUACAAAAAAGCGGAAUAUCCGACGUGCAUUUGGCUCUUCAAUCUCUAAAUCUUCCUCUAGAUACUGCUGAUGAGGAUGAAAUCGGGUCAAAAGUUGCAAAUGUGGAAAAAGAUUCGCAUUUUGCAGAGGGUUUUGUGUUCAAGGGAGCAGUUUUGACUGAAGCUCUGCGUUCAAUUGACAAAUUGUUGGACGUCAGAGCACAUGAGGAAGUUGAUCGAUUAGAAGCGGAGAAAAAGAAACAAGGCGGAGCCAAGGCAGCAGUGAAAGUUCAAGAAGAGACGGAUGACUGGGGAGAUGGAAAGAAAGGUGGAAAAGGAGGAAAGAAAAACGCAAAAAGUGUGAAAGGUGGUUCGAAAUCGUCUGCUCCUUCAACUUCAUCCAAUUUGUCGGCGAAUAUUUCCAUAAAUAGUGAGGAACUGGAAAUAUGGCUUCGUGAAAGUCAAUCAGUACCCGAAGAAAUUCUUUCAGUAAUUGUGGAAAAGUUGAAUCAAGAGACAACAACGCUACUUCGCAAAAAAGUUCAAGACAUUCAAGCACAUCAAUUGGUUGCCAGCGUCGCUAAUUCCAAAAAGUCAUUGUCUGCAAUCGGCGAUAAGUGUAGACAACUUUACGAUUCAUUUAACACAUUUGAGACGGCUACUUCCACUUUUGCUGAUCCCCUUGGCUCAGAUCUUCGGCAAUAUCUUCUGAAAACAGUUGGAAAUGAAAUUGCAUUGGCGUUGCUUUCAUAUGUUAUGGGAGUAGAUAAUGCACACCAAUUGAAGGAAAAACAGCGAGAAGAAACAAUUGAAAACCUUCCUGAAAUGCUCAGAGAUCCGAUUCGAUCAGUGUUUGCGUCGCUGAAAUCUACAGAUGAUGAUGCUUUGGAUAAAUUUCAUGAUGCUGUUUAUAAUUGUUCGGCUCCAAGUGCAACUUCGUUGGCACUGAAAAAAGUCGACAAGAAAGGAAGAGCCGAAGUUGGAGCUAAAAUUACAGCGGAACUUCAUGAGCAACUUUGUUCUCAAACGGAGCCAGCAACAACUCUUCUUCUGUCUGUUCUUUAUAUUUUAGCCAAGGCUGGACGCCCAACAACUGCCAGCGGAAAGUUUGUUUCUCAACUUGUUGCUCAAAUUAAGGAUUUAUGCCCCGAGAAUGUCUUCGACCUACUUCAGGCAUGCCAAAAAGGCGUAGUUACUUGCAUCAAGAACAAGGGCGACGAAGUGGCCAAAGAAAUGCUCGUUAAUGAUAUUUCUAGUCUGAAACAGUCAAUUAUGCCAUAAUAUCGAAAUAAUUCGUAUAACUUGUUUAAUUAAUUUAUUGAGAACUGAAAUAUGAAUGUAUUGCACGUGUUUUAUUCUGUUAAAAUUAAAUCUGUAAUUGUUUUUUUAGUCAGAAGGUAGCUUUCAUAAACAGCCCAAUUUCAAUU